CGCUCCUUUGUCUCCUUUGGGUCUCACAGGAGCUCAUUGAGGAGCUGCCUGAUAACUCUCCACCCGGCGCCGUCCUCGCUAACUCCCUGAUUGCUGUGGGCAACCUCAGCACCAUGACACCUGCUGUGGAGCCAGAGCUGGAGACCCACCUCCUUCGAGCUGCCCUGCACACCGUCUUCACCCUGGGCAUGGAGAAGGACACCACCCAAGUGCAGGAUCUGCCUAGGGUCUUGCCAGACCUCCUGGACGCCAUGCUGGGGAACCUCCUGGCAGCGUCCCCAGACACCGACAGGCUCCAGUACAUCUUGGAGCACAUUAACUACUGGAUCGUGUCCAGGGUGCCACGAGAGAGAGCCAGGGCCGUUAAGAGCAGCACGGCCCUGCUCAGAUUCACCAUCACCCUCCCUGAGUUUGACAACUCAGCGGAAUUCCCCAGGAUGGGUCACCACAUGGCACAGCUGGCUCUGUCCGUCAGUGACCCAGCCAAGGACAUCAGCCAGCAGGCCAGGGAGGGGGUUUACCGGCUCUACCAGCUGCUGCUGCACCAGAGGGGUAAGGAACCCAGCUGGGAAAUGGCACCCGCUAGAAGAGUGAAACUGGGACCCCAGCCAAUUUCUCUCAGACUGACCCCGGCUGGAGGAUGAGUCUCUCUAUCUCUUUCUGUGUUCCACACCACGCCCUGCAAUUCUGUUGGGCCGGGCACGCAGCGAGGUCUCUGCCCACUGUGCAGCCACCAACGGGAUUGGAAGGACACAAGCCCUACAACCAGAAGGACAAAUGUGUGUGUCUCUCUCUCCCUGUCACCUACUCCCUCCUGGGGGAAACCCAGCAGCUGAUGUGGGACAAGAUGAGCAGCUGCAUUAGACUCAGGAGAUUGGGGCGGGGCCCAGGCCUCAUUCCCAUCCUGUGGCCAUUCGCUGGCCUGGCACAAGGAGCCUGGUGGGGAAUGAAAGGGAGAGCAGGUGCUCCUGGGAAGGGAGAUGAAUUCACCUCCAUGAGCAGGAGCGAGCCAGCUUGUCCCCGGAGCAGCUCCACCCAGCUCUUUAGCCAGGCUAAUUAAUGACAAGCUUUGCUUCAUCCCAGACUUAAGUUCUUAGGACAGGGUGCUAUCGCUCUUGGGAAGGGCAGGAGAGUCCCCCAAGUGCCCUCUGCGAGACUCUCCUGUCCCACAGGGCCGCACCCAAUUCCUAGUGGUCUGGUGUCUGUGUCACCCGAGCCACCACCCAGAGUUGCUCCCAUCACUGGCAGCCUGGGAGGCCAAGGACUGACGGGUGAUGGCAUCUGACCAGGCAGGGCUGAGGCACAUGGGCAGGGGACGCUUGUCCUGCUGCUGGCAAGGCUGGACCCCUUCUGGAGAGAACAGGAGGAUUCAGUCAGCUGUAGGGUUACCAUGUCUAAUAAAUAAAAAAAGAGGACCCUCCACGGGCCCGGACCCCACCCAUUUCCCCACACCUAGCCUCGCCCCAACUCCACCCCUUCCCCGCCCUAACUCAGCCCCCUCCUUCCUCCCACUCCCAGCCAUGGGGAAAGGGCUACCCCAGCGCUACCGGCUUCACGGUUUGCCGGGCAGCUCCCAGACCCUGCGCCCCCGGCCGGCGCUUCCCCAGCGCAGCUGGAGCCCGGGAAGGGAAGUGCCUGGCCUGUAGCUCGGGGUCCGGAGACUGGGGGAGCUGUCCGAAGCCAGUAGCGCUGGCUCGGGCAGCUCGGCUCUUAAAGUCUGAGAGGGGAGGAGCGGAGCAGCUCAGCUGGAGCCCGGGAAGGGAAGUGCCUGGCCGGCGGCUGGGGGUCCGGAGGCAGGGGGGGCUGCCCGAAGCCGGUAGCACUGGCUCGGGCAGCUCGGCUCUUAAAGUCUGAGAGGGGAGGAGCAGAGCAGAGCAGCCGCGGGAGGGGAAGUGCCCAGCGGCAUUUUCCCGGACAUGUUUGACUUUUCGGCAAUUCCCCCCGGACGGGGGUUUGAGUGCCGAAAAGCAGGACAUGUCCGGGAAAAACCGGACGUAUGGUAACCCUAGUCAGCAGGGGCUGCCGAUCCGUCCCA